AUGAGUUUAGAAUCCUUGUUUCAGCAUAUCAUCUUCUCCGAGCAUCAGGCCGAAGAGAGUCGCCGCUUGUUGCGAGAAGUCAGGUCGGAAAUAAACAGAUGUCGCGAAAAAAUUAAGAAAGCAACAGAGGAGCUGAAUGAAGAGAAAAUCAAGUUGGAAGCUAAGGUUCAGCAGUUUUCCGAAAAGUCCUUCCUCCUACAGCUUUCGAAAACUCAUGAAAAUGCUUUAGAGAGACAGUGCAGUGAAAUUACAAACCAAAGGAAUAUGCUUCUCCAAACCUUUGAGGCUACUAAGGAAAAAGUGAUGGAGGAGGAGGAAAAAUUUAUUAAGGAAAUUACAGACUUCAAUAAUGAGUAUGAAAUAACAAAGAAAAGAGAGCUUUUGAUGAAAGAAAAAGUCAAGGUUGAAAUAUCUGACCUAGAAAACCAGGCAAACAUUUUGAAAAGAGAAAUGAAGUCCAUGGAACAUGACAGUGGCCCAUUAAAUGAACUUCAAAAACAGAAGAGUGAAUUGAUGCAAGAACUGUUGACUCUGCAGAGAAAACUUAAAGUUUUUGAAGAUAAAAAGAAUGAAGCCAUCUGUACUACCAAAUACCUAGAGGCAGAAAAGAUAAAAAUCAAUGAAAAGCCUCAAAGUGAUGCUGAAUGCUUAAGACUUAAAAAAGAAUUAGAACUUUAUAAGGAAGAUGACAUGCAAAGUGUUUAUGAAGCUCUCCAGACAGAAAUAGAAUUUUUGGAAUUGACGUUGGCACAGAAAGAUCUUCAGGAAAACAAGUAA